CACAGUGAGAGUGAGUUGUGUUGCCAGUGACCACAGUGAGAGUGAGUUGUGUUGCCAGUGACCACAGUGAGUGAGUUGCGAGUUGCCGCUGACGCGAGCACCCGGAAGUGCGGCGCGCGCCAUGGCGAGCGGGGAUCCCGCGGCCUUCUCCGUCUGCAUGGCGCGACUCCUUCACUCGGCCAGCUACGCUGACAUCACGCUGGUGAUCGGGAGCGAGCGACAGGAAGUGCGCGCGCACCGCUGCGUUCUUGCCGCACGGUCGGACGCCCUGGCGGCGAUGCUUAGCCACUCGGCCGCCGCGAGCGACGGUACCGCGCUUUGCCUGGCGCUGCCGGACGUUUGCAGCGCGACCUUCCCAGCGUUCCUCGAGUUUGUCUACACGAACCGCGUGGCUCUCCGCGCUGCCAACGUGCUGGACCUGCUCACAUACGCCAUUGAGUUUGGCGUGGAAGACUUGAGGCAGUUGUGUGUGCGUCACCUGCUCUCUGAACUCAACUCUGGCAUGGCGUGUGAGGCCCUACAGGCGAGCGUUGUGUACGGACAGAAGGAGCUGAGAGACAGCAGCGUGCACUUCAUAGAGAAACACGUGCGGGAUGUGGUUCGGACACCAGGGUUUUGGGAGCUGUCCGACCAUGCCCUCUCGGUUUUGCUCCAAAGCGAUGAGUUGGAUAUCGACGAGGCCGAUCUGAUCACGGCGGUUACGCAAUGGGCAAAUGUCAACUCUGCUGUGUUAGGAGAGCCGGUGAGCAAGGUUGCGCAAGGAGUCCUGGGAGGAUUGAGGCUUCUCCUUCUGUCUCCAGAGGAGCUGGCAUCACUGGAGCAACAGAGCAUGCGAGAGCAAGUCAUACCAGUGGAGAUGGUUGCCGCAGCUUGGAGAUUUCAUGCGCUCAGGAGGGCCGAAGGGAUUCCUAGACACUGUCUGCGAUGUCGCAAGGGCACGAGGCCACGGGAUCACCAUGUCUACCUGAAGUCUUAACGAUGCCUUGGCUGCGUGGCCCUCUCAAAGCCAGAGCGACUCUCUGCUCAAAUGAGCAUUGAGGCAUUGGUACCCAUCUGUUUACAGCCCUGAGUCAGUGGUGGAUAAGUCCACAUUCCUAUGGUGGAGACAGUCUGCCAGACAACCACUGUUGGCAUAUACAAAAAUUAGUACUCAUUUUAUCAACCACAAACCAGGAUACUGAACUCACAAA